CGGGCAGCAUAUCAUAUUUCAACUUUACGAAUCCCAGUAUAAGAAAAAGACCUGCAUGUACAUAUCUUAGACACGUAACCUUAUCCGACACUUACUCCCGGAUGUUAGCAACGGUUUUUUCUACUAUGAUAAAUCACAUAUUAUUGUCAUAACUCUAUGCACUAAACACAAUUUUUUUCCUUUUUUUGCUGUUUAGUUUAAUUAAACAGAGGAAGAUAUAUAUAUAUAUAUUAUUUUUUUCUGUUCAAGUACUUGUUAAACUGCAAACGCUAGUUUGAAGUUGAGUUUCCUUCACAAAUGCAAAUGCUUGUAACUGAAAAGGAAAAGCAGACAAAAAAACUGUCGAAACUAAGAACAUGAAAUUGCUGAGUCCAGUUGCUUUUGAAUGGUGUCAUUAUUAGCAUUUAAUGACUCAGAUUCUUUCCUUUUUUUCCCCUGAAAUUACUCUGCUUACAACCAAAACUGACCCUAACACUGGCUGACACAUAAGCAAUAACCUGGCAAAAGAAAAAGCAAGGUAAGCAACACUUGGGGCAGAUUCCUCCUCUCAUUUCAACUAUAUAUCAAGACUUGCAAUGCUGAAGAGAGCUGUAUAGAACAUCCGUUCUCUUUUCUUGUUCAUCCAUAUCUGAUUUCCACCCUCUCCCCAUUUUAAGAAGAAGAAAUGGCUCCUUGUCGAUCUUGGUCUGAGCUUCCAAAAGAGCUCAUCUCUUACAUUGCUAAGUGCCUUGACACUCGCACUGAUGUUCUUCGUUUCCGAGCUGUGUGCUGCUCCUGGAGAGCUUCAGUUCCUUUGCCACCAAAAUCUCCUAAACUGCCAAUGCAUUUCAGCUUGCCUGUUAAUGAUCCUAGGAAGCCUAUUGUUUCCGCCGUCAUUUCACAAACGGUGGUUUACCGCAUUGCUCAACCAGGCUUUCAUGCUCAUCCCAACCGCAAAAGCUGUUUCAUCAGGGUGGAAGAAACCGAGCAAGAGAACAAAUUCCACCUGGUGAACCCGUUUUCUGAGCGUCUGAUCAAGCACAUGCCUGCCAACUUUCCCAAGGAGAUAAACCAUCUCAACUUCAGGGUGGAAGAAUUGACCAAGGGUUUCAGUAUUCGACUGCUAAAGGAUGAUGGUAGUUCUGAUCUCCAUGACAACAAUUUCUGGACUCGUAAGCUCAAGCUUGCUUCGGAUUUUGAUUCGAGCUACAAGGCUAUUUCUAUCUCAUCAGGGCAAUUAAGACGUGCGAGGCUUGAUACUUACACGACUGACAUCCACUGGUGUUCGCUUGAUACUGAAGUUCAUUAUCGUGACAUCACCAACUUCGAUGGAAAAUUCUUCAUGGUUAAUAUUUAUGGCGUUAUUUUGGGGAUGGAUGAGAGCUUUUACACCCUGGACGAGGUUCACACAUCUCUGGAACAAAAGGACUGGGAAUGCGAAAGGUAUUUCGUGGAAUCAUGUGGCCAUCUUUACUUGGUUGUCAGAGACUUCCUCAUUUGCCCUACUCUAGUUCAAUAUAAUGAUACACUUGAUGCUUUCAUGACCGAAGCCAAAGAUGCUAAUGUGCCGGUUAAAUUCAAAGUUUACAAACGGAUCCCUAGUGGUGACCAGCGGAGUAGGUUUUGUUGGGUGGAGGUGAAUGAUUUGGGUGAUCGUGCAUUCUUCGUCAGCACUGAUUGUUCCUUUUCCUUUUUGACUCGAGAUUACACAGGGUGUGGUGGGAACUGCAUCAUCUAUGUUGAUGAAAUAGACAAUGUGGAGCGUCUUAGGAAAUUUGAACCUAUCGAAGCAGACAACGACAAAGAGGGUCUUAAGCAAUUGAAGAAUGGAAAGGUCAGAUUGUACAAUUUAGCGGAUCAAUCCAGUGCACCUCUUGCAUUAUUCCCACACUACCUGGAUAUGUUCUGGCCUCCUCCAACAUGGCUGAAGUGGGAUCAGGGCCCUUCUAAUGCCUGAAUACUGUGUCCUGGAGACAAGCUUCUGUUGGAAGGAAGCUGCAGGCAGCACUCUUAUAUCCCUGGAAAGGAAGUACUAAAUAAAUCAAGUGCUGUUAGUUUAAGUGUCUUAUAUUAGAAGUAUGCAUAGGCGGGAGGUGUUUCACCACCAUAUUGUUGUUUAAGACUUAUGUUUUCCUAUCUGUCUGUGGGGAACUCUUACAAACUCUAUGGUUAUGUUGUGUCGUGUUGUGUUGGAAUAUGAAAUCUGAACCGUUUUGGUA